CCCCAGUGAGACCGGACGGGGGGGGAGGGUCCACUGAGUCUUCCCCAAUGGUCUUCCCCUCAGUUUUAGUCAGUGCCCUGUGUUGAUAUCAUGCAGAGCUAGUUAUGACUAUUGGGAUGUUUUCACAUAACGCUAAUGUCGACCAAUGCAUAUCGGUAAUUUGGUUGCCAACGGAAGCACCGACGGAUUUGAAGUCAACUUGAAAAAUAAUGGUAACGUUAUCCGUGCGGCACCAAUAGGGGGUGUGCCAUGUAUGCUUGCCUGAGAUGAGAAUUAAACCCGGCCGCAACUUCCUGGUGGGCCUGUGCAUCUUGCUGGCCCUGGGAUGGCUCUACUACUGGUCAUGGAGGAUCAGCUCAGGACGCUGGGGCCACAAUGCCUUGUAUGACAAUCAAGGGUUCCUUCUGAAGCUGGAUGGUAGUCUGCCAUUGGAGCUAAUGCACAAAUACGGCAAUCUCAGCAAGGGAGCCUGUAAGCCUGGUUUUGCAGCUGCCAAGAUGACAGCCAUUUAUCCAAAGUUCACCAAACCGGCGCCCAUGUUCCUUGAUCCAAAUUACAAAAGAUUCUCCAAGAUUAAUCGUUAUUUGCCUCCGUUUGGUGUAAGAUUGCAAGAGAAGCUCAUAGACAUCCUUCUGGCAGCUACUCAGAGCUAUGGCCUUGGGGAAAAACUGGAUAGUAUGAAAUGUAAGAGAUGCAUCAUUAUAGGAAAUGGAGGGAUCCUCGCCGACAAGUCUCUGGGACAGAAGAUUGAUGAGUUUGAUGUGGUGGUCAGGUUGAAUAACGCCCCAGUGAAAGGCUUUGAGAAAGAUGUCGGCUCCAAGACCACCAUGAGGAUCACCUAUCCAGAGGGGGCCAUCCAGAAGAUGGAAGACUACGAGUCUGAGUCCCUGUUUGUCCUCUCGGCCUUUAAAGCUCUGGACUUCAAGUGGCUCGCACACAUGGUUUUCAACCAGAAAAUGCGCAGCACUGAAGGGUUCUGGAAGUCGGUGGCCAUGCACGUUCCAAGAUACCCCAGCAGCAUGCGCAUCCUAAACCCCUACUUUAUCCAGGAGGCCUCCUUCAAGUUGAUUGGUUUACCUUACAACAAUGGACAGAUGGGCAGAGGGAAUAUCCCGACCCUGGGGACAGUUGCCAUAACGAUGGCCCUUCAUAACUGUGAUGAAGUAGCUGUAGCUGGAUUUGGUUACGACAUGAACACCCCCGAUGCCCUUCUGCACUACUAUGAGAAGCUCAGGAUGUCGGCCAUCAAAGAGUCCUGGACUCACAACAUAUCGAAAGAGAAGGAGUUCCUGCUGAAGAUGGUCAAGGCUGGGGUCAUCCAGGACUGGACCAAUGGCAUCUGUGGUGCAGGAUGCUGAUGGUCUGCACUCAGGAUGCAGCACUGCGUUCACCUUCCCCUGCUCCGGCAACUGAAGAUGGGGGGGGGGGGGCCAAGAGGCUGGGUGGGCCCACGGUCCCAGCAGAGAGCAGCAGCGUUCACACACUGCUCUCGGUGCAGAGACACUGUGUGUGUGUGUGUGUAUAUGAGGCUUAUUGAUCGGAACACUCUGCUCCAGUGUCACAUAUCAAAGUAUUGCAAGCCUCUGUAUUUAGCUUUUCCAGGUUGCAGGUUAGUGUAUAUUUACAUGGUUUAGUGCCCUGGUUCAGGGUUACGUCCGCAGUGUUUUAGCGAUCAAAGCAGCACCGAGACCUGGCUGCCCUCCUACUGUAACUGCUGCAGGCUGCGGAGAGGAGAGGAGAGGAGAGGAGAGGAGAGGAGAGGGAGAGGAGAGGAGAGGAGAGGAGAGGAGGAGAGGAGGAGAGGAUAAAGAUGUUGGGUUUAAACAUUGAUCCUGUGCCAAGAAUACCUCUAAAAGUGUCCUUCUGCUCGCACAUCUGAAUGUAAUCCGCAAUACACGUAUAGUCUCUUUAUUUAUAUCUUCCAGUUUCUGUGUUAAACAGGGUGCACACUACAUUACAAGUGACUCCGCCGUCCUGGACCAGUCUCUGACAUCUGUGGGUAAACCCAUUCUGUUAGAGCGACAUGGCAAUCAUCAGAGCUUUAGUUGAGUCGGUAUAAAACAAGAAUAAGUGCUGCCUCAGCAUGGACAUCACACUCAAAGGCAACGUCCAGCGUACUGACCAGACCGGGGCUUCUAAAACGUUUUACUCAAAAGUCCGUAUCUGACUCUUUUUUUUUUUUUUUUUUCUGUAAGGUCAGAGGUCCACAACAAGUGACGAUAACAAAAAAAAACAAGGCAACAUACUGUACAUUCAAGUUGAGAACUCGCUGCGGCCACUUUUUGGGGGAGGAGGGGGACUCCGAUGCAUCACAAAUCUAUUAUAUAUACAUAUAUAUUCAAUGUCACUUACAAUGUAUUGAUUAACUGUAAUUGGAUUAAAAAACUCAAAAGAUUACACUACAUGACGUAUUCAUAACAUUAGGUUUGGGCUGGGUCCGAAUUGGUCUAUAUGGACGACGACUUUUCAUUUCCGGGAUUGUUGGUUCCGGACCUUGAGAGGCUCGUCAGCCGGUGGUGUCAGCCCGCCCCAUUCCACUCAAAAGGAGAGCUUGUUUCAGAGGUUAAUUUUGUAAGAAUUUGGGGUAAAUCACAACUGUUUUUGAAUUGAAUUGCUUGCAUGACUACAUGAAUCCGUAUGAAUUGUAUUCCAACUGCGGUGUAUUAAACCACAUCUGGGCACUGUCGUACACGGAUGACAUUAGCUUGAUUUGAUUGUUGCCGAUUUGACACAAGUCCGUGUUUUUUGAGUUCUUUAGCACUGGCAUGAAGUUCAUAUCCAUCUGCAUAGCCCAAGAAGCUGUGUUAUGACCGUGUUUGCUUCUUUUUUUCAAUAAGUAUCGGGAUACCAGUAUCGGGAAAAGCCUCCGAUACCGCCUAAAAUGCUGGUAUUGGUGUCGGCGGGUACUGGAGUUUAUGCAGCGAUCUGAUACCAUGUAAUUAAGCCCUGAAGAAAAUAAAAAAAAAAUGGUAUCGGACCAUCUCUAGUAAAGACCCACCCAGUCCUUCUCUUAAGGUGAUCUAAAAACUCAACUCUGAUCUCACUUUUUUCUAUUCAUUGCCCAGAAUAACAGCAGAACACCAAAACCCUUCCCCCCCUCCACUCUCUUCACUCGGCCCUGUCAAGGGCUGCUACCUCAGGCUCUUUAUUUACAUCUGUGAUAGUAAAACUGAUUGUGACUGAUGUCUGAGUCCCAAUAAGUGACGGACGUAAAUAAAGCAUUAUGUAUAUAUAUACAUAUGUCGCUUUAUUCACUAAGAUCAACUCCAUUGUGACGUCUGUAUGUGUUUGUGUUGCUUUAUACACUCUGGCCUGCAUAGUUUGUGGAUGCUGGUCAGAUGCUCAAUCCAAAGUAUUCCCAUAUUUAUUGUAGGCUAUGCACAAGAACGCAUUAUACAAUAAAGAUAUAAGGAUGCUGUA